AUGUCACCUCGGCAGGAAUUCAAUGAUAUCACAUACUCGCGGAAGUCAGUGAGCUCUUCGCCGACAGCGCAGUCAGCCGGCAGUGGAGGUUUCCAAUGGAUUACCGGCAACAAGCCGGACGACUUCAAAACCAAGCAUGUUAUGCAGAAAGUGCGUCAAACUGCUAUGGGCAGUUAUCUGCAAGGCGCAAGGAGCCAGGCAAGCAACAAAUCCAGAUCUAACAGUGAAGCCUCGGACAAGUCUCAAUCGAGUGUUGGCGAUCAAGGCGCAACGAAAACCCGGCCUACGAAGACACCAAAAGGCAAAGGAAAGACUGAUAGCGAGAAGAAGGGUUUGGUACCUAACAAGCAAGUCCGGCCUAACAGCAACGUCCAGGGCACCUCGGAUCCUGGUUCACAAAUUGCACGCCAAUCCACCCUUCCUAGGAGACCUAUCGUUGUCCCGAUAAUGGAACAAAUGAGAGGACAUUAUCCAUUCGACCUAUGUCCGGUACCGGAGCUUUACUCCUUAGGAAAGGGUCUAGAUCCUUUCGGCACCAUGUUCCAGUCAAGAGACGCGCGCGUCAAUGUCGAGGGAUUGAAGUUCCAAUGCGCCAGCUACUUCGGUACAGAAGGUCUGGGAAAAUACUGGAUUCCGCUAUGCCUAAGCUACCCGCAUGCCUUCCUGAGUACCCUCUACAUGGCUUCUGCGUUCAAAGACGUCAUUGAGAACAGCAGAGUAGAGAGUUUGGAAACGGCAGCACUGCGCCAAGAUGUUAUACAUUUUGUGAGCGAACAUCUUACUAACAGGGAGCAGUGUGUGGCGGACCACAACAUUAUAGCAGUCAGUCAGCUGAUACUGGGAAACGUCAUUACCCGGAUGGAUGCAGGUUUGACCUUCCACCAGAAUGGAAUCGAGACUAUGAUCAAGCAGCGUGGUGGGCUCAGUAAGCUGGGUGUACAUGGACAACUGGCAUCCGCAGUUUCUUGGGCCAACCUUGCGAUUGCUAUUCUGCGGGAAAAGGAACCUACUCAGAUGUAUGUCGAGUACUGUACUAUUCACUCGGCAAAGAAAUACGCUCGGGACAUUGUGAUACCAGAAUCACCACUUUACCGGCCUCAUGACAGAUACGUAACGCUUGAACAUGCGACCAAAUGUACACGAAGAGCGCAAAAGCUCUUAGAUGAGGUCUACGCGAUGAUAGAGCUAUUUCUCGAAACUCAGCGCUCGAAUCGCCAGGGUAACGCUUCCAAGCUGAGAAAUUAUUACAACUCUAUCAAUCAGUACCCACCUGGUUCAAAGGGGGAUGGUUGGAGGUACGAAGCGAUCCGCCUCACCGCUCGCGUCCAAGCUCAAGCUAUCAUCGAUCAAGUCCCACUGUCAGAGGCACUCAAAAGGGUGCAAUCGUCUGAGACACAACCGGCCAUGUACAGUUCCUCGAUAGCCUCGCGUUCCAAUGAUUCGAUCUCUUCAACACUUGAAUUCCAACAAGUGACUCCGGUUACUGAAAGUUCUGAGAGUCCUAACUUUGCCCCGUAUAACGGAAUGAACCCACAACAACAAGUCGGCUUUCCUUUCAACCACCGGGAUUCAACCUCCUCGACAUAUUCACAACGUCCUUCGCCUUUGUCGAUACAAUCGAGUUCAUCAGCGAUAUCUCCUCAAUUAUGGAUCUCUACAUCCAGAUCCGGUAGACCUACCAUACUCCAACAGCUUCGAGACGCCCUCGAAAAAUCCGAUCUUUCAGAGUGCUGGUCCGACAUGGCUGGUGUGCUGCUAUGGAUUGGACUGGUCAUGGGAGCAGCAAGUAACGAAAACGAGGACAAGGUCUUAGCAAGAUACUUUUCUGCGACAACCAUGAGAGCAUGUAUCAUGCUCUGCUUCGAGCAUCCCGAAGCAGUACAUUCUACCAUGCUGAAAAUGACCGACAUCGUUGGAGCGUUGGACAAGAAGCCUGUUGAUGCACAACUGGCCAGAAAAGACAGCGCCAUUUCAAGAAAGCGAGCGAAGGCAUAA